AGUGGGAGAGGGGGAAAGGAGAAGGCGGGGAGCAAAACAAAAAGGGAGAGGAGGCGGCGGCGGCGGGACGCAGGCGGUGGGCGCUGGGAUGUGAGGUGGAGGACGUGGGGCCGGAGAGCAGGUAGAGAGAAUGAAAGAAAGGAAAGAUGUCAGAAUGUUGACCUCUGUGUGGCAGUAUAAUGGAAGGAAACAUAACGGAGGACGUCUGUAAUAGAUCGUUUGGAUGGCUUCAGCAACAAAAUAACGAUGCUAGACCAUGGCUCUGGAAAUUCUCUAACUGCUUUUCAGCUACUGAACAGAGUUUCCCUCCUAGUGCAAAAGCGAACGAGUCCAUGGAGAAUAAGAAAGCUGCUGUGGAUUUGAAGGAUGCGCCACCCCCCCACCAUGCUGCUUUGAAACAGUUCCCAGCUGUCCCCCUUCCCAGUGAUCACGCCCUUCAGCAAAAGCAAAUCCAACUUUCAUCUGGUUCCAAAGUAAGCUGUUGUACUCAUAACUCUGAUUCUUCCGUUCAUGCUCCUCAGCUACGUUUUGGUGGUAGUGGUGGCAGCAGCAACAGUGGUGGUGGUAGCUUGAUUCACCCUGGCACAGUAUUAGACUCACAAGGCACCGGCACAAUCACUUGUCAAAUAGGGUCAGGGUUUGCCUAUCGGUCUGCAUCGUCAUUCAAGAACGUUCCAACGCGAAGCGGCGUGGCAGGAGUGGCCAGUGACUUGUCUGGAGUGUGCCUGGAAAACGAUGUCUCUUCUUGCCCACAUUUCCCCUGCUGUGGGAAGCUCCACUUCCAGUCCUGCCACAGCAACGUCCACAAACUGCACCCAUUUCCUACCCAUCAGAGCUGCACAACUUCGGGCUACUUCUCCUGUUCUGAAUUCACAAGUGGGGCUGCGGGGCUUUUGGAGGAGCACGUUGCACAAUCGGAGCGAACGUCUUGUGCUUGCACCAACUCGCUGCACCUAAAAGUGGCACCUUCAGUUUGCUUAAAGGGCUCUCACUACUGCACUGAGUGUCUAACCAAGCAGCCAUCCAGGGAGAGUUUGGUUGAUGCAGCUAAAAUAUGGCCAAAUACAGCUCCUCCAAAUGUCCAAGCUGCACCUGUCUCCCUCCCAAUAUGUAAUGGCUGCGGAACCAAAGGAGUAAGAAAAGAGAAGACUUUACUUUUGGCGAGCAGCUUUGGUCAGUUGCCACAGAAAUACGGUAAAUUGGUUGGAUCUCCAGAGGUUGCUCUAACAGGCCAAGUGCUAGAAAAUUUGCCUCCCAUUGGAGUCUUUUGGGAUAUUGAAAACUGUUCUGUUCCUUCUGGCCGUUCAGCUGUGGCAGUGGUACAGCAAAUUCGUGAAAAGUUCUUCAAAGGCCACAGAGAGGCAGAGUUCAUUUGUGUGUGUGAUAUCAGUAAGGAGAGCAAAGAAGUUAUUGAAGAACUGAACAACUGUCAGGUGACAGUUGCACACAUUAACGCAACAGCAAAGAAUGCAGCUGAUGACAAACUCAGACAGAGUCUUAGAAGAUUUGCUGAUACUCACGCUGCACCAGCCACUGUGGUCCUUGUAUCAACUGACGUUAACUUUGCACUAGAGCUCAGUGACUUGAGACACCGUCAUGGUUUCCACAUAAUCUUGGUGCAUAAAAAUCAAGCUUCUGAGGCUCUCUUGCAUCAUGCUCACGAGCUCAUCAGAUUUGAGGAAUUCAUUUCAGAUUUGCCUCCAAGAUUGCCACUGAAAAAACCAGCAUGCCAUACCCUGCUAUAUGUUUACAACCUGCCAACAAACAGAGACAGCAAAAGUGUCUGCUACAGGCUCCGCCGUUUGUCAGACAAUUGCGGAGGGAAAGUACUGACCAUUUCCGGCAGCAGCGCGAUCCUCCGCUUCUUAAAUCAAGACAGCGCUGAGCGCGCUCAGAAGCGGAUGGAGAACGAAGAUGUCUUCGGCAACAGGAUCGUCGUUUCUUUUACCCCUAAAAACAAGGAGCUUGCUGAAGCCAAGAAUGCAAGCUCUACCGGAGUGGAAAAAGUGAAGUCACCUAAAAAAGCGAACAAGAGCUCAAAGCUGUGCCUCGUGGGCAGGGACUCCACUGAUCCAUCAGCAAAAGCUGCUGUGGGAAAAGGCUCUGCUGCAAAGAACACCAGCGUGAAGAGCUUACAGGAACUUUGCCGCAUGGAGUCAAAGAAUGUGAACGUUACCGAGAAUCACAAAGACCCACUAAAAGAGGACACUGCGUCAUUGCAAAGUAACUCUAGUGCAUCAAGUUCUACAGCCCUGGCAACCAAGAAAGCAGGAGCAGGAGACUCUGCUCACAAAAACAGUCUAAAGAAAGAUUCUCUGGCAGCCAGAAGCAUCAGCAACUCCCCAAUAGAGAGAAAAGAGAAGGAUGAUGUAUUCCAAGUUAGCUACCCAUCUGCUUUCAGUAUGCUCACAGCGUCAAGGCAGCUCAGUCCUGUGCUGAUAUCUCAAAGUCGCUGGUCCUCUAGGAGUGUGUCCCCAAACCUCUCAAACAGAUCUUCUCCACUCGCCUUCAUCAAUCACACUGGUAGCGGGGACUACCCAGAUCCUUUUGCAAACGGAGCAGACAUCCAGAUUAGCAAUAUAGACUACAGACUGUCCAGAAAGGAGCUGCAGCAAACUUUGCAAGAAAUCUUCUCUAAGCAUGGCAAGGUAAAGACUGUGGAACUCAGUCCUCAUACUGAUUAUCAGCUGAAGGCUAUAGUACAAAUGGAGAAUUUACAGGAAGCAAUACGUGCUGUCAACUACCUUCAUAGAUACAAAAUUGGCAGCAAGAGGAUCCAGGUUUCGCUGGCUACAGGAGCUACCAAUAAAUCCCUGGCACUGGUUAGUUCAGAAGCAAUGUCCAUUCUUCAAGAUGCUCCAGCUUGUUGUCUGCCUCUUCUCAAGUUCACAGAGAUCUACGAGAAAAAGUUUGGACACAAGUUAAAUGUAUCAGACUUGUAUAAAAUAACUGACGUCGUAGCCAUCCGCGAUCAAGGCAAUGGAAGACUUGUAUGUCUUUUACCCAGUAGUCAAGCUAGACAGAGCCCUUUGGGGUCUUCACAGUCUCAUGAUGGCUCUUCAGCUAACUGUAGUCCUAUCAUAUUUGAAGAACUGGAAUAUCAUGAGCCCAUUUGCAAGCAGCACUGCAUUAAUAAAGAUUUCAGUGAACAUGACUUUGAUCCUGAUUCCUACAAAGUUCCCUUUGUGAUUUUGUCUCUUAAGACCUUCGCACCGCAAGUUCAUAGCUUGUUGCAGACCCACGAGGGGACAGUGCCGUUACUGAGCUUUCCUGACUGCUACGCUUCAGAAUUCAGCAAUCUGCAAAUGGUGCAGGAAGGCCAGGGAGGUGUUCCUCUGGAGCAUCUCAUCACUUGCGUCCCUGGUGUGAAUAUUGCCACUGCACAAAACGGCAUCAAAGUUGUCAAGUGGAUUCAUAACAAGCCACCACCUCCCACUGCAGAGCCAUGGAUUCUACGUUCUACAAGCCCUGUGGGUAACCCACAACUUAUUCAGUUCAGCAGAGAAGUGAUUGAUCUCCUUAAAAACCAGCCGUCGUGUAUCAUGCCUGUCAGUAAAUUCAUCCCAACGUACCAUCACCAUUUUGCAAAGCAAUGUCGUGUGUCUGACUAUGGGUGUUCCAAGUUAAUGGAGUUGCUGGAAGCAGUGCCUCAUGUGUUGCAGAUUCUCGGGAUAGGCACCAAGCGUUUGUUAACCUUAACGCAUAGGGCCCAAGUGAAGCGAUUUACUCAAGACCUGUUUAAGCUUCUCAAGUCCCAGGCCAGCAAGCAAGUGGUUGUGAGGGAGUUCUUUCAAGCUUAUCAUUGGUGCUUCUCAAAAGACUGGGACGUGACAGAAUAUGGAGUGUGCGAGUUGGUGGAUCUCAUAUCAGAAAUUCCGGACACAACAAUCUGUUUGUCUAUGCAAGAUAAUGAGAUGGUAAUUUGUAUCCCCAAAAGAGAACGUACCAAGGAAGAAGUUGAAAGGACAAAGCAGUUCUCCAAGGAGGCAGUGGACUUGUUGCGCCACCAGCCCUAUUUCCGCAUGCCUUUCAAUAAAUUUAUCCCAUUCUAUCACCACCACUUUGGGCGCCAGUGCAGACUUGCCUAUUACGGAUUUACCAAACUACUUGAACUCUUCGAAGCCAUACCAGAUGUCCUGCAGGUGCUGGAAUGUGGUGAAGAGAAAAUCCUUGCACUAACAGAUGCGGAAAAGGUCAAAGCUUUAGCUGCCCAGUUUGUGAAAUUGCUCCGAUCUCAGAGAGACAAAUGCCUUAUGAUGGCAGAUGUGCUCACUGAAUACGCUAAAACAUUUGGCUACCCGUUGCGUCUCCAGGACUACGAUGUUGGCUCUGUUCCAGCUCUGAUGCAGAAACUUUGCCAUGCUAUCAAGGUCGUUGAUGUAGAAUCUGGUAAACAGCUCCAGCUUAUAAAUAAAAAGUCUCUCCGGACCUUGGCUACCCAGCUUCUGGUGCUUCUGAUGACCUUGGAUGAAACCAACUUUGUUUCUGUUGAAGAGCUUAAAAGGCAUUAUGAAACCACCCAGGGCGCUCUCCUGAAUCCAUGUGAAUAUGGCUUCAUGACGUUUACUGAACUCCUGAUGAGCGUGCCUUAUCUCACAGAGGUUUUUGUUGAUGGUGAGGCAGAAUAUGUCAAGCUCACAAGCCUGUAUGUUUUUGCCAAGAAAGUGAGGUCUUUGCUUCAUACCUACCAUUACCAGCAGAUCUUCUUUCAUGAGUUCUCAACAGCUUAUAGCAAAUACACGGGUGAAGUGUUGCAACCCAAAGCAUAUGGCUACAAUAAUCUCGAAGAACUCCUGGGAGCAAUUCCACUGGUGGUCUGGAUAAAAGGUCAUGGUCAUAAGAGAAUUAUUGUCCUUAAGAACGACAUGAAAACUCGUUUUAGCUUGCCUGGCCUUCCUCUUGCCGAUGGUGAUGGACAAGCUACAGAGACAGCAGAAGCAAGUGAAUCCUUGGAAUUAAAACUAGAAGCAUCAGAUUCCGUCUCUAAUUCGACUGAGCAAGAGCUGCUUUGCCUCACAAAUAUGUCGCCCGUGGAUCUGUUGUGUGAGCCUGUCCCUUCCUGUCUGCCUUCCCCACAACUGAGACCAGACCCAGUCAUCCUUGUACCGGCAGAUCUCAUUCAGUUCGAAGAACAUCCACCAACCCUUUCAGAGAUGAUUGUUUUAACGAAAGAGGAGGAGAAUGCUGUUAGUCCUUUGAGAGCUAAAGAAGAGGCGAGCCACUUACAUGCUGCUUGUAAAGCUGCAGAAAAUACACCAGCACCUCCCUGCCCUUCAGUUGAACCGCAGCUGAGCAAAGAAGCCAUGGACAGCCCAGUCAAAAGGCAGCAUAAAAACAGAGUGAAGUUGGCAGCAAAUUUUUCACUUGCACCUGUAACCAAGCUUUAAACUAUGUCGUGUUGUGAGAGGCAACGCAUUGUCAGACUGCACAGAAAAUGAAGCUAUUGGCUACCCUUUAUAUUUUAAAUCACAGAUGGGACGGGGGGCGGGCGGGUGGUCACUUGUGUUUAUCUUUGUCACUGUUGACUACCUUUUGUGAGAUUUUUGUUCAGUUUACACUGAGUUCAGCUGGGCAGGUAUUUUUAUUUGAAACUUCAAGCAUUAAAUGUUUUACUGUUCCUUUUUACAUUCUGUCGAAUGUCAGGAAAAAACUAGCAAAUGCUAAACUUGGAGUGGGAUGGAAUUUGAGUUUCUGAAACCUCAUCACUGAUGUAAAGCCUUCAUAUAGCAUAUGAAUCUACAGGCAAUUUUUAAUGUGCGUUUUCCAGACAGGUAAGAAUCAAAUGCAUCGUCUGUCUUGGCAAAGCAGCCUAUUGGGAACUUUAUUUUUAAUAAGUCAUUAGAUUGGAAUAAAACCUGCAGUGGGCAUCUUCAGGGUUAAAUUGGUGAGAGCAAAGCCUAGGAUUUUUUCUGAUGACUUGUAAUUGUCUCUUGUCAAAAGAUGACUGUAGAGCAUGGCUAGGGAACCUGUGGCCUUCCAGAUGUUGUAGACUACAGCCCCAGCCAGCAUGACCUGUGGUCAAGGAUGAUGGGUGUGGUAGUACAAUAACAUCUGGAGGGCCCAAACUACCCAUUCCUGCUGUAGAGGAUUACAUUGAUUGAUUACAACCCCCCUUUUAAAUGCUUUCUGUAAUCAGUUCCACUGUGGAAUCUCGUAGGAAGGUGAGGAUGUUUUUAAGCUUCCCUUUUAUUGAGCGCUCCAAGUUGAUGCUGUUCUGGCUUAGGAAAAGCAAGUCUUUGUGUUUUGCAUUUUGAAGUCAACUUUGAGGUGCUUCUUGCAGCAUCCGCCGAUGAGAUUACUGGGAGUAUUUGAGAUUUCAAAUAUUCAUUUAAGUGUACAUACGUUAUAAAUCACAGCAAGGGGGUUUAAAUGAGCUUUUUUAAAGAUGGAAAGUAAUGAUUCUACUUCCGUUUGCACAAAAGUAUGAGCAGCACAUGGAAAUGCCAAAGUUACGGUGCUUUUCCUCAUUUUAAAGAUCCAGUAAAUGGGAAGCUUAAUGUGAGUCAGCAUGUUUUUAACUGUGUCUGGUCUUUAUUCUGAUGUUUACUUUGAGUGCUCAAACCUGCUCUUGUGUGUGGUUUUUUCCCUUCCAGUCCCUAUAGUGGCAUUUCUGUUGGUGUUUGGAAAGGCAGGCCUUUGUCGAAGGAGGCAAGUCAGUGGAGUCCUUCUACUUUCUUUUUUAUAGAGAGCUAAAAUGUCUUCUGACCAAAGCUUUUAUACCCCCCGUUGGGUAAACUUGGCACUUACAAUGGGUUGUAUUUGCCAGGCAAGGAUUCUUAAUUGCUCGUCAGAAAGAAGGAACCUAUAGCAAAGGUUUCCACUGGCUGAACGGAUAUGUGCGUACAAAUAAUAUUUUUGAAAUGUGUGUGAGACUGAAAAAGCAGCCUUAGAUUUCACAGCCAGCAACUGAAAAAUGCCACUUGAUGGCUAUAGACAACCUAUUUUUAAAAUGAGAAGAAAUGGAUUUUGUUUUUAAAAAGUGUUUUUUAAACAAAGCCAAGUAUUAAACAGUACAGUACUAAAUAAUGAUAUAGCCAUUACGAAUGCAGAGAAGGACUGGAAGAUUUUUUGAUAUCAUGGCAAGGCACAGUGUGUUUGUGUGUGUACAUCCUUAUGUUUCCUCUACAGAGAUGGGGUUUAUAGGAGUGAUUAUUAUUAUUUUUUUAAAAAAAGAAGAAUGGAACCAUUUCAUGACUUUAAUUGUGAGGACAUCUUCCAUUUACCUUAUGUGUUGCUUGCAUAAAACAAAGACCUGACCAAUUGGGGCCUGUCAUGCAAAUGCAAAAACAGUCAUCAUUUUGAGCCACAGUUGCAAGUCAUCUAUAAUAGACCCAAGUUUUGGUGAAAACUCAAGGAGAAAUAACAGUACUGUUGAUGUACCUGGAAUACAGGUGUGGGUUGUGCCACCUGUAGAGAAUGAGAAAUCUUUCUGGAGUCAUGUGUAAUUCUGACCUAAAUCGCUGUAUGAAAGUUAUAGACUACCUUUUGGGGAGUUUGUUUUUCAUUGUGUGAAACCAGCUAAUUUGGGGGGGGGGGUUGUUUUUGUUUUUCUACGAAGGCUUGAAGAAAUAAUGUGACUGGACUGAUUUGAAAAAGAAUUAAGGGAAUGAAAUUAUUUCAUUUACACUUCACUAAUUUUGAUUUCUUGGUUGUUUUAAAAAAUAUCACUGAAGCCCUCAACUUAUGCACUCUCAAGGAGACAAAGCUCGCCUUUCUCCUCUGUUGUCUUCUCCCAUUUGGACAGUUUUGUGGCUCGAGUGCUGUUUUGUGUGUUGGGACCAAACAGUUGUCAAUAAAAUUUCCAAGCAAGCAUGCAA